GUGGUGCCGAAACCCGGGAACGUGUAUGUGUGUUUUCAAGUGGUGCCGAAACCCGGGAACGUGUGUGUAACUGUGUGUAACUUUGUGAGUUGAGUGUGUGUUUAGACACUUUAUUUUUUGGCGUGUAUAACCCGAGGUGACGGCGGGGCGCCACUUUAUUUUUCGGCGUGUAUAACCCGAGGUGACGGCGGGGCGCCACUUUAUUUUUCAGCGUGUAAAACCCGAGGUGACGGCGGGGCGCUGACCAUGGAUUCUGUAAUUAAGGUAUUGUUGCAAUUCUGUAAAGAUUACUGUGGCAAGAAUAUGCCUUCUAAGAAAGAGAUCACUGCAGUACUCUCUCGCUUAGAAAGGGAAGGAGAAAUAGAUACUCCAGAGGAUGUACUUAAUCAUCAGAAGUGGGAUUCUCUCACAUCUGCACUGGCGCGACAUACGAUGAGCGUUCAGAAGGCGGCAGAAUUAAAAACCUGGGGAUUGAUUUUAGGGGCUGUACAGGCAGCCAGGGAGGAGGGAAAAGCAGCUAAUGAGGUGCGAAAAUUGUUAGGGCUUGAUGAGGGAGCCCAGAGCACCUCUGGUGAGCCUGACGAUCCGGGGGGGGGAAAAACGGAGGGGAGAUCUGGCGGGGGAGAUUUCGUUAUCAGGUGCUCGGCAGAAGAACAGGACACCGCGCCCACGAAGAUCGCACCCUCCGCGCCCCGUGCAAACCCUUUACCGAACAAAGAGCAAGAUGAAGGUCCCUGGCAUCUGGGAUGGGAUGAAACCACACCGCCGUACCCGAGCUGGCAGCUGGAUCAACUUACAUAUCCUUCUCUGAAAAGGGUGGUAGUGAACCCCGCUGGGAUAAAAACCUGUUCUGCUUCUCUUCAGCUUGUCCAGGCCUCACGGAAUGGCAGUACAGCCUUCUGGUGUGUCAACCACUCCUCCCAGCUUUGUAUCAUCAACAAACUUGCAGAGGAUGCACUAUGUCCCUUCAUCCAGGUUACUGAUGAAGGUGUUAAACAAGUCCAGAUGCAGUACUGA